AAUUAUUCAAAAAUCAAAUUAUUGUUUGUAUUUUAAAUUCUAGCCGUAUGUGUGAAUGCUAUGGCUCAACUUCGUUUGUUACAUUUAAAAGUUUUGGCUUUUACGUGUAAAUUUAUUUAUGUUAUUUCAUAAUUAUGUGAAUUUUACUAUUAUUUCUAUCUAACAAACUUAAAUUAACACCAAAAAAUGACAAUUUCUGUGAUAAAUCUAGUCGAAAAACCAUUAAUAUUUAAGAAAAAUUAUGUUGUAUACAUUUAAUAAUAAUGAAUUCCAAAGAAAGAGCUCGUAAUAGAUGGAAACUUCUAGCAAAUACAGUUAGUAAAAAUAAUCAAGACAAUGUGAUUAUACCUAGUAUAAGCUAUAAUUUAUUUAAUGUUGAGUCCAUAAAUACAGAAUGGUACAAGUACUCUGCUUGUAUUCAAGGCAAAGAAUUUGCAGCAAAUAUCUGCCAAUUUUCUUUAAAUGUUACCCCUGAAAAACUCAUGGGCUUUAAUAAUACAGGAAAUGUAAAAAUCUGGCCAUCUGAAGAAAUAUUAGCUUAUUAUGUGUUAUCAAAUUUGGAUUUAUUUCGUAAUAAAAGUAUUAUAGAACUGGGUGGUGGUAUGAGUUGUUUAGCUGGCAUAAUGGCAGCUCUGUAUGGCCAAUGUAAUGAUGUUCACUUGACUGAUGGAAAUAUAAAUUCUGUUUACAACGUCAACCGUAUACUUGAAAAAAAUGUAUUUACUUCAAAUGUAUCAUGUUCGGUUUUAAAAUGGAAUCAAAAACCUGCAAGCAUUCGUCGUUAUGAUGUGGUGUUAGCAGCUGAUUGUCUGUUUUUUGAUGAGGCAAGAGAUGAUCUGGUCCGUACUAUAUCAUCCAUUUUAGCUUAUGGUGGUACAGCACUAGUUGCAGCUCCAAAACGUGGAAAUACAUUAUAUGAGUUCAUAGAAAUGGCUCAACAAGAAGAGUUGCACUGUGUUGUACAACAAAACUACAAUACUAUAGUAUGGGAACGUCAUUCCAAACAGGUUUUAUACAAUAAAAUGACAGAAUUUUGGAAAUCGACCGGUAAAAAGUACUGCGAUUUCUGUAAGUGUUGGAUUGCGGAUAAUAAGCCUAGCAUCCAAUUUCACGAAAAUGGGAAACGUCACCAGAAUAGUGUGGCUAAGAAGUUGGUCGAUAUUAAAAAGAAUAGCGCAAUUCAAAGAAAAGAAGAGCAAAGUCUUGAAAUGGAUAUGAAACGAAUGGAACAGGGAGCUAUGAAAGCAUAUUAUAAUGAUAUCCAAAAUAACCCUGAUUACUCUUCGCAAGUUCUUAUCAAAGAACGUGGCAUAACAAUACGUCCAACACCUUAUAUAGCGACACAAUCCAGUGGACCCGUAAACAUAAGUUACUCUAAAACUAAUCCAUCUAUGCCGAUAUCCAUUAAAGCUGUGGCGCCUCCUAAGCCUACAUAUGUCUGGCAUGAGUCUAGAACGGAAGAUGGCUCAAUGAUGUAUUAUUGGAAUACCGAAACUGGUGAAUCAGUUUGGGAACCUCCAGCCGAAGGAUUUUUAAGUGUAGUUGAACAAGAAGCUGAAGAACAGCGCAAGAAAAAUAAAAAUAAAAAAACACCCAAUGGCCCAAAAGUUAAAAAAAAGAAAACUGAGGGUGAAAUACAAGGCGGUGAAGAAGAAGAUAUAGAAGAAUCGGCUGAACCCGUUCGAGGUGAAUUCGAACCUUUUAUGGCAGAAACCACUCGCAUAGGGUCGUGGAAAGCAGUAGAACAGCCCAAGCCACUGCCAGUAAUUGAUCUUCAAUUACCAGAACAGGAGUUUGUAGCAGUUAAAGUACCUAGUAUCAAAGAAAAAGAGUACACUUUUAAGGAAAAAGUCGUCGGUAACAUAAGUGUUACUGAUAGUAGCAACAAAAGUUCAGCCGAGCCUAUUUCCUUCAAAAAAGCUAAAUUUAAGAAAUCUAAUUGUCGCAAACGUUUGGACAAUGAUUAAUUAUAAAAGUAUUCUAUACUUUAAUUUUAUGUAAAUACUGACGAAAAUUAGACACUUUUCUCAAUUAAAUAUAAUUUUCUAA